AUGGCUCCGCACGCAACCGAGAACGGUGCCGCCAAUGGUGCAUCUACAGCAGGUUUGGACUUCACCACCUUCUCCAACGUGAUCGACGGGAAGCUCUCUUCCACCCAGAAGACUCGCCAUGGCAUCAAUCCUGCCACCGGCAAGCCCAACUACGAAGUGCCUGUUUCGGCACCCGAGGAUGUGGACAGGGCAAUGGCAGCAGCCAAGAGGGCAUGCAAGCCGUGGGCCAAGACACCUUACGCCGAGAGGCAGAAGGCUGUCAACGCGUUCGCAGACGCCCUGGAGCAAGAGAAGGAUGGAUUCGCGAAGCUGUUGACACAGGAACAGGGGAAGCCGCUCCACUUUGCCUACUUCGAGUUGGACUUCACCCUUCAGAUCAUCCGAACCAUGGCAAGCCUGGAGCUACCCACGGAGGAGAUCGUUGACGAAGCCGAACGGAAGAUCCUCGUGCGAUACACGCCCCUAGGUGUGACGGUCGGAAUUGCACCCUGGAACUAUCCCGUGUUGUUGUGCUGCUCGAAGAUUGCGCCAUGUGUCGUCACUGGCAAUCCCAUCAUCAUCAAGCCGUCGCCUUUCACCCCAUAUGGAGGUCUGAAGGUGGUCGAGCUGGCACAGAGAUUCUUCCCACCGGGUGUUGUGCAAGCUCUGAGCGGAGAUGACAACCUUGGCCCUUGGCUGACUGCUCACCCUACACCUGCCAAAGUGAGCUUCACUGGCUCCUCUGCAACGGGCAAGAAGGUGAUGGAGUCUUGCAGUAGGACCCUCAAGCGAGUCACGCUGGAACUAGGAGGCAACGAUCCUGCCGUCGUCCUGGAUGAUGUCAACAUCGAUGAGGUUGCUCCAAAGAUUGCAACCCUCGCUUUCUUGAAUUCUGGCCAGAUUUGCCUCGCCUUGAAACGCAUAUUCGUCCACGAGAAGAUCUACGAGCAGUUCCGCGACAAGAUGGUCGAGUACACCAAGACGCUGAAGGUCGGUGAAGGGUUCGAGAAGGAUGUCUUCCUCGGUCCCAUCCAGAACUCUAUGCAAUAUGAGCGUGUGAAGGGAUUCUUCGAGGCGAUCGACAAGGAAAAGUACGAGGUUGCUGUUGGAGGCAAGAAUCCCGACGGCCCGGGCUACUUUAUCACACCCACCAUCAUCGAUCGCCCUAAGGAGGACUCGAGGAUUGUCGUCGAAGAACCUUUUGGCCCUAUCGUCCCACUCUUGACCUUCAGCACGGAUGAAGAAGCGAUUGAAAAGGCGAAUAACACUCCCUACGGGCUCGGUGCCUCAGUCUGGUCAGGGGAUAUUGAGCGCGCUGCGAAGGUGGCACAGGAGCUGGAAGCUGGGAGCGUCUGGGUGAACACUCACUUCGAGCUCGAUCCAAGGGCACCUUUCGGAGGAUUCAAGGAGAGUGGAAUUGGCACGGAAUUUGGUGUUGGCGGCUUGAAAUCGUACUGCAACUCGCAGACCCUGUACCUAAAGAAGAAGUAA